AGCACUUCAUCGUAAAUGGCUACCAAAACAUAAGAGACAGUGAGUGCUGAAAGUUAUUAUAACAAAGCUUCGUAACGUAUAUAAUUGCUUGAGCCUAGCUUCUGCCCACUGUGGAAAUAGUAAAGCUACAGAAAGUUUCCGCAUUGAUUUGCCACUCUGUAUCGCCUGGAGUAGCGCAAGAGGUGAACAAAGCUGGCAUAAACCAUCAUACAUAAGGUGAAGGUUUGACCUUCUUUCAGCUUAUAAUUGCGACUCGAGUGUCGAGAAACUGGUGAGAGAUGUCUUCAGCUGUGCGAGCUGGCCACAUUCCUGUCGCUCUGCUUAGGAAGAUACCUCCCCAUCAAAUAUCAGUAGGAAAGACACUUUUCCAUAGCCACCAUCCAGUCUCUUUGCCUAAGCAAAGCAGUGUGUUUACAUGCAGUGAUGGACAUGGACUGAGAUAUGUCAGUAAUAACAUUGGUGGACUGAAUGGACCUGGUACUAAUACAUCCAUUGAGAACUCUGAGUGUCCACAGUGCAGUGCCCCUAUGUCACGUAUAGGACAGGGGCGCUAUUUGACAUGUAAAAACCAACACACAAAGCACAUAUAUCGCAGGGAUUUUUCGAAGGAAGCCAUCGGUUACAAAGAGGAAUUUGAGCAAGAUUCGAAUGAUGAUGGAAAUGCUGGAUUGAAAUUACUUCCCCCUGUAGAACUACAUAAGUAUUUGAACAAGUUUGUAGUGGGCCAAGACAAUGCAAAAAUGGUCCUCUCAGUCGCUGUUUAUAACCACUUUAAGCGGAUUAACUACGGCAUGAAAAGGACGGUCAAGGAGUCUUCACAGAGACUGGCUACAGAUGAGUUCCACAUGCAUGGAGACCGGACUUCCCUUUAUUUCACACAUAACAGUAGCAUAGGUCUCCAGGACAAUUCUCUGGGAGCACACAUGCCAGAGGAGCAGAAGCAGCAGAAGCAGCAUCAGUCCAUCCAGCUUGUUAAUGAGGAGGUGCAUUUGGAGAAGGCCAACAUACUUAUGCUUGGGCCUACUGGUUGUGGUAAAACUCUGCUUGCUGAAACCUUAGCCAAGAUUUUGAAUGUCCCCUUUGCCAUCUGUGACUGCACUACCCUCACACAAGCAGGCUAUGUUGGAGAAGACAUUGAAUCUUGUAUUGGACGAUUGUUACAGCGUGCCAACAAUGAUGUGGAACAAUGUCAGAUAGGUAUUGUUUUCCUCGAUGAAGUGGAUAAGAUUGGUAGUGUGCCUGGCUAUCACCAGCUCAGAGAUGUGGGAGGAGAGGGGGUGCAACAGGGUCUGCUCAAGCUGCUAGAGGGUACAGAAGUCAAUGUUCCUGCCAACAACAACAAGCGUUCAAGAGGAGAAAGUGUCACUGUGGACACUACUAAUAUCCUGUUUAUUGCCUCUGGGGCUUUUAAUGGAUUAGACAGAAUCAUAUCUCGUAGGCUACAUGAGAAGUACUUGGGAUUUAGUGCUAGUGGACAACAGCAGGGACGCAGGGCAGCCACAUUAGAUGACCAGAAACAUGUAGGGGACACAGAUGAUGCUGAAGCAGAAAAUAAUGAAAGGGACAGGCUUUUGGCUAAGGUGGAGCCUAGGGAUAUCAUAGAGUUUGGAAUGAUCCCAGAGUUUAUAGGAAGAAUUCCCAACACCGUAGCCUUUCACAGUUUGAAUAAAGACAUGCUUGUGAAUAUUCUCACAGAUACUAACAACAAUCUGGUGGCUCAGUACAAGAAAACAUUUGAAUAUGACAAGAUUGAGCUGGAGUUUGAUGAAGAUGCUCUGGAAGAAAUAGCUCAAAAAGCUCUAAAUAGAAAAAUUGGUGCAAGAGCAUUGCGAGCUGUAAUGGAAGAAGUCCUGCUUAAGCCGAUGUAUGAAACUCCACAAAAGAACAUUAAGAAAGUGAAAAUCACUGCAGACUAUGUAAAAGGAAUUGAUGGUAGUCCGCAAUAUGAGUACUUUGAAGAUGAAAAAACAUCACUGCUCACAGACACUACAGAUCCUCAUGUGGAACAUGCACCUAAGAGAAAAGUCAAGCUCUAACAAAGCUACUGGGUUGAAUCACAAGGCUGUAUUGAUGGCUUCAUAACUGUAAAUUAAUGCCUAUGUUGCAAGCUAUUUUACUCUCUUAUAUUUGUAUCAUAUAUGGCAGGACCAAUUCCUCCUGUAGAAAUCAAAUAUUUUUAAACCUUCAUGCCACAGUCUAACAUGAUUCUGUUUUAUAAAGUGUUUAAGUUAGAAAGAAAGUAGUUGGAAAAUAAACUGAAUAUGAAAUAUCAAAUAUUAAUAACACAUUCUUGAAGAUAUUUGGCCAUUGGAAAUUGCACAAGUUACUGUGGGAGUAGCAGUAAGUGUAACAAUGUUAACUGUCCCUGUUUCAUAAAGUGGAAUAUUACAAUUAUAAUAUUGAUCUGACAUUUGUAAUCACAAAGAACCAGUGUAUUCAAGCGGUAUUGAUUAUUGCAUCAGAUAUGAACUGUAGAUUCUCAAGUUUAUAAAUAAAAUGUUGAGGCCUGAAAUA